AUCUGAGUUUUCUUCAGAUUUAAUGUAUUCCUCAUCUGGGUUUUUCUUAGAUUUAAUGCUUCAUGUAGAUUUUGCCCAAGUGAUUAAAAUGUUGAGACAAUUUUUUUUUUAUUAUUUGCAUUAUUUUCUAUUUGUAUGAUCAACAAUACAAGUCAAGAAGAACAUCAAAGAUUUUCCUUUUUUCGCUAAGUAGUGUGGUAUUUCGGGAUUAGUUGAACUUUUCCCAUUCGUCGGCUUUAAGAAAUGAUGAGAUUCCACAUUGCUUGUAUGAAAAAAAGAAUCAUUUGAUGGUUUUCUGGUGACGAAUAGAGUUCUUCAAAGGUAAUCUUUCUCACUUCAUUCAAUUUGACUCGUUCAUAGUUCGAGAUGGCGAAGAUGAAUUGGGGGGUAUCGGUGGGGAUGCUAGGGGUUCUCCUAACAUAUUGCAUGUGCUUUUGGGCGUCGUCCGCGGCGGAAGGAGAGUACAUGAAGUACAAGGAUCCAGAGCAGCCCGUAAACACAAGAAUAAGGGAUCUCAUGGAGAGAAUGACGCUUGCCGAGAAGAUAGGGCAGAUGGCGCAACUGGAUCGGGUGGCGGCGACGCCGGAGAUACUGAGGGACUACUCCAUUGGCAGCGUGCUCAGCGGCGGUGGGAGCGUGCCCCUUCCCGAGGCCUCGCCGCAGGAUUGGGUUGACAUGGUUAAUGCCUACCAAAAUGGUUCUCUCUCCAGCCGUCUCGGCAUUCCUAUGAUAUAUGGAAUUGAUGCUGUUCAUGGCCACAACAAUAUCUACAAGGCUACCAUUUUCCCUCAUAACGUUGGCCUUGGGGCUACAAGGGAUCCUGAGCUUGUGAAGAGGAUAGGUGCUGCAACUGCACUCGAAGUUAGAGCUACUGGCAUUCCUUACAUUUUCGCUCCAUGUAUUGCGGUGUGUAGAGAUCCAAGGUGGGGUCGAUGCUACGAGAGCUACAGCGAGGAUCACAAAAUUGUGCAAGCAAUGACAGAAAUCAUACCUGGGUUGCAAGGUGACAUUCCCCCUAACUCGCGCAAGGGCGUGCCUUACCUCGCUGGGAAGGAUAAGGUAAUAGCAUGCGCAAAACACUUCGUGGGAGAUGGGGGCACGACGAAUGGAAUAAACGAGAACAACACAGUUAUAGACAGACAUGGGCUGCUGAGCAUUCACAUGCCCGCCUACAACGACGCCAUCAUAAAGGGCGUCUCCACUGUCAUGGUUUCCUACUCCAGCUGGAAUGGCCUUAAGAUGCAUGCCAAUCGCAACCUUGUCACCAGUUUCCUCAAGGAUACCCUUAGGUUUAGGGGUUUUGUUAUUUCAGAUUGGCAGGGGAUUGACAGGAUAACCUAUCCACCCCACUUAAACUAUUCUUAUUCCGUACAAGCUGGGAUUCUUGCUGGCAUUGACAUGAUCAUGGUUCCUUUCAACCACACCGAGUUCAUCGAUGAUUUGACCCACCAAGUGAACAACAAUAUUAUCCCAAUGAGUCGCAUUAAUGAUGCCGUUGAGAGGAUAUUGAGAGUGAAGUUCACCAUGGGUCUCUUCGAGAACCCCAUCGCCGAUUACAGCUUCGUCGACCAGCUCGGGAGUCAGGCUCACAGAGAUUUGGCAAGGGAGGCCGUGAGAAAGUCACUGGUUCUACUGAAGAAUGGUGGAGAUACAGAUAGUCCUCUGCUGCCUCUGCCCAAGAAAGCUGGCAGGAUCCUUGUUGCCGGAACUCAUGCAAAUAACUUGGGUUAUCAGUGUGGUGGAUGGAGCAUCACAUGGCAAGGCCUCAGCGGCAACAACCACACUGCUGGAACUACGAUCUUGAGUGCAAUAUCUACAGCGGUGGAUGAGAGCACGGAGAUCAUGUACAGCGAGAAUCCAGAUGCAGACUUCGUGAAGUCCAACAACUUCUCGUAUGCCAUUGUGGUGGUGGGAGAGCCACCUUAUGCCGAGACUGCAGGGGACAAUCUCAACUUAACCAUCGUUGAACCAGGUCCAAGCGUGAUCACAAAUGUGUGUGGGGGAGUCAAGUGCGUCGUUGUGUUGAUCACUGGGCGGCCGGUGGUGAUGCAGCCUUAUGUUUCUUCUAUUGAUGCUCUUGUAGCUGCGUGGCUGCCGGGGACCGAAGGACAGGGAGUGGCCGAUGUGCUCUUCGGUGACUAUGGGUUCACCGGAAAGCUGCCGAGGACAUGGUUCAAGUCGGUGGAUCAACUGCCCAUGAAUGUUGGGGAUUCUCACUACGAUCCACUCUUCCCCUUCGACUUUGGACUCACUACGGAGGCCAUCACGUCCUGAUGGGCAGUAGACCUCCCAUUUAUCCCUUAUCGGCAACUUCAAUUUAGACUAGUUCUAGCGUCGCCCUUUUUGUUUUUCAAUUCCAAGCUAGUUUGUAUCACAGUAGGAUUCUUAUGGUUAUGUCGAGUAUUUAACUUAUUCAACAAAAUUUAAAUGUAAAUAGUGAUGAAGAUGAGAAUAAAUGCAUUUGGAGAUGAAAAGCUAA